AUGGCAGAAUAUCACAUAGUUAAGAAAACCGAUGAUGACGCUGAUGAUGAUCCAGGGGAGCCACAGGUUAUCAUUGAUGCCGGACAUUCAAAAGGUUCUCGAUCAAAUGGUACACAUCCAGAAGGAGACGACGUAUUUGUUCUGAUCGGAAAUGACGUCGAUGAUGACGGUUCUGAUCAUCCACAAGACGGUAACAUCGUUUGGGACAAAGAUGACCUGGCCUGGAGCUAUCCGAAAACGAAAUGCGACCGGAUACGAUUACGGAUAGGUUCGGUAAUGGAACAUGUAUACUUCAGGAUAGGUACAAUUCUUCUCAUUCUUGUCGAUAUUGGUGUAGUCAUUGCUGACCUUCUCACUCCGGACACUGUCCAUUACCAUUUGGCACUUGGAGUCGUUUCCAGGGUCAUCAUCAGCUACUUCGUUUUGGAGAUAUUUCUUAGGAUGUUUUAUAAAGGUAACAAAUUCUUCAUGCACUGGGCUGAUAUGUUGGACAUGCUAGUAGUGUUUGCCACCUUCAUCAUUGAUCUUGCCUUCAGUGACUACGCGAGACUUGGAGUUGCCGGACGAUUUCUUCGGAUUAUCCGGAUAGCUCGUGGGAUUUACAUAAUGUCAUCCGAAUAUAGACACUUUCAGCAGGCCACAGCCCGAAUGGUGUCACAAAACAAACGACGCUACCGCAAAGAGGGGUUUGAUCUUGACCUUUGCUACGUAACUGAACGAGUCAUUGCUAUGUCAUUCCCUUCAACUGGCGUACGUGCUAUGUACAGAAAUCCAAUUGGAUCGGAACAUUUGAAACAAUUAGUUGCAGUUGCUAAAUUUCUUGACACCAAACAUACAAAUCAUUAUCGUGUCUACGAUCUAUGUAGUGAACUGAAUUAUGAUCGAUCGAUAUUUCACAAGCAAGUCCGGAAAGUGAAAAUUGAUGAACACAACGUCCCCAGAUUAAAAGAUAUGAUGGCAUUCUGCCUUGAUGUUCGAGAGUGGCUGGCUGCAGAUGACAAAAACGUAAUAGCAGUUCAUUGUAAGGGUGGAAAGGGUCGAACAGGAACCAUGAUAUGUACCUGGCUCAUACACACGGAGUUGUUCAACGAAGUCCAGCAAAGUCUAAACUAUUUCGGAAAGAGGAAAACUGAAUUAAAUGUAGGAUGUUUGUUCAAAGGCGUGGAAACUCCUAGUCAGUGCCGUUAUAUAGAAUAUUAUGAGAAGGUGAAGUGGGAAUUGGAUUGGACCCUUCCUCCAGUCAAGUACUUAAAAUUGAAGAAAGUUAACAUCACCUCCAUCAAAGGUGUGGGUAAGGGAGAUGGCUCAGAUUUGUCCAUGGAGGUAUACGUUCCAUCAUCAGGUGCAGUGUUCAAGUGCAGCUUACACCAUAACAAUAAAUGUACAUAUUCCCACUAUAAGGAUGAAGAUAGAAUUACAAUACUCAUUGAUGAUGAGAGUCCAAUUUUGGAAAAUGACGUGAAAUUUAGAUUCAAAUCAUCUUCGAAAAAAAUUCCUCGGGUGUACGACAAUUGUGCUUUCUACUUCUGGUUUUAUACGUCGUUUAUCGUAGACAACAGAUUGCAUUUGCCACGAGACUUCAUCGAUAAUCCACACAAGAGGAGGGCACAGCGUGUUUAUAGGGAAACGUUUAGUGUCGAACUUCUUUUCGAGGAGGUGACUAACCCAGAUAUUGAUAACGACGGCAAUCAGUGA